AUGCGGUGGAUAUCCAAAAGUUACCUGGCCGCAGCAACGGCUGCUCUAUUACCCAUAAACUUUGUCUCUGCGCAGACAUGGAGCAGCUGCAAUCCCAUGCAUAGCACCUGUCCCGCCGAUGACGCUCUGGGAAUGGCCAUCAACGUCGACUUCACAAAGGGCUCGGUCAACUCGUUUGCCGCCUCAGGCUCCCCCCAGUACGACGACGAGGGCGUGGCCUUUACCGUCUCCAAGGGCGGCGAUGCGCCUCAGCUCGCCUCGCUCUUCUACAUCAUGUUUGGCCGUGUCGAGAUCACCAUGAAGGCCGCACCCGGUGCCGGCAUCGUUUCCUCCCUCGUCCUCCAGUCCGACGUCCUCGACGAGAUCGAUAUCGAGUGGCUGGGCGCCGCCAACGACGAGAUCCAGUCCAACUACUUCGGCAAGGGCCAGACGACGUCGUACAACCGAGGCGAGUUCCACGACGUGACAAACACACAGGGCCAAUGGAUCACCUACACCAUCGACUGGACGAAGGACCGCAUCGUGUGGAUGGCUGCCGGUACCGUUGUCCGAACACUCAACUCGGGCGACGCCGAGGCCAACCAGUAUCCCCAGACCCCUAUGCAGGUCAAGUUUGGCGCCUGGGCUGGCGGUGAUCCCAACACCAACGGCGCUGGAACUGUCAAGUGGGCUAGGGGACCGACCGAUUUCAGCCAGGGCCCCUUUACCAUGCACGUCAAGAGCAUCAUUGUUACCGACUACUCCACCGGCGACGAGUACAAGUACAAGGACAACUCGGGUUCGUGGGAGUCAAUUGAAGCCGUUGGCGGUUCCGUCAACGGUAACGAAAACGGCGAGGCCAUGACCGUAACGGCCACUGCCGAGGGCACCGUCGCCACAGCCGAUAACAACGUCCCCGUGGGAGGUAUCGCCGAGGACGGCAGCCCUGCAACGGCCACGCAGACCGGCUGGCCUUGGACUGGUACUCGACCCUCCGGAGGCGCUAUCCCCAGCGGCUGGAGGCUGAACGCCGAGGGUAGAAUCAUUCCCGAGGAGAACAGCGCCUCGAGCUUGAUGGGACCCUACCACAGCGUGCUGGUCUUGGUAUCUGUGCUGGCCGGCAUCCUGACCUUCACCGGCAGACUCUUCUGA